CUAUUAUUGUGAUCAUAAAAUAAGAAAAAUUAAAUUUAUGUUCAAUUAUUGUUAAGAAUAAUUAUUUUCAAUAAGUUUUGUUACAAUUUGUUACAAUAAGUACUAUGAUGGACAUGUCGUGGAUUUCAUGGAUAGGGUUAACUGCCUUAUCAAUAAUUGCCCUUUUAUAUUGGCGCUUGACACAAACAUUUAAUUACUGGACCAAAAGAAACCUGAAGGGACCGAAACCUUAUCCAUUUGCGGGCACUAAUCUGUAUACCUUUAUAAAAUGCAUGCCUUUGGUUGAAUUGGACUGGUAUAAAAAGUUUGGAUCACUUUAUGGGACAUUCAACAAAUCAGAUCCGGUGCUGAAAGUGGCCAAACCAGAGCUGAUUAAAACCAUUUUAGUGAAGGACUUCCACCUGUUCUCAGAUCGCGUGUAUAGACCGGCGCCGCACGAGGUGUUGGAUAAGAAUCUGUUCGUGAGCUCUCCGCUUCUGACCUUCGCGAACUCUAGAUAUUACUCAGGGUGUAAAUGCAGCCCUUUCUACGCAUUUUACAUAGAAUUGCUCAAGAACCUACUUGAGCUCCUUCACGCCAGAGAUAGGAAAGAGGUUAAUGUGAAGGACUUGCAUGGUAACUUCACCAUGGAUGUGAUCGCCAGGUGUGCUAAGCGGUGGUUUAGGUUAUGGAAUUCUGUCAAUGGUGAGAAACAAUGGGGGUUUGGAUAUGAGUUUCUACUGAACAUUAAGUCCGGAACCGAUGAAAAGGCUCAUCAAUUCUUCCUGAAGACCACUCAACACGUUUUAAGACAACGAAAGGCGGAGCAAAAUAAUCACAAGAAAUAUAAUGAUUUCAUUCAACUUCUUGUGGACGCAGAGAACCAUAAGGAAGAGCUUCACGACGAGAAUGACGUGAAUGAAGCACAUCAUGUGAAUGAGGGCGCCGAAGAGUUAGAAAUGGAGAGAAAGACAUUAUCGGCAAACUUUCUAAACAAACAGUUGACUGAAAGUGAAAUCAUGGCUCAGGGAUGGAUAAUAUUCAUCGCCGGUUACGAGACGACGGCCACCACUCUGACGUUCUGUUCGUACGAAUUAGCGCUCAAUCCUUCCGUCCAGGAGAGGCUGUACGAGGAGGUAGAGGCAGCGGUCGAUGCGGAUGGAGAGAUCAGUUACGAGGAUUUGGCCAAAUUGCCGUUUUUGGAUGCAGUCCUAUCGGAAACACUACGCAAAUACCCACCGGUCAUAAAACUACAACGUAAAGCAAUGGCUGAUUACAAGUUGGGCGACACCGGUAUUCAACUGUUCAAAGGCCAAGACGUCGAGAUACCCGUCUAUGCCAUACAUCACUCGGAGGAGUAUUACGGCGUCGGACUCUUCAAAUAG